CAUUCUCCACUCUACCGCUCCUCUGCCUCCAAUCUCCAAUCCAUCCUGCCUAAUCUCCAAUCCAUCCCGCCUCCCGCCCUGCCCGUCCGUUUAUCCAAAAACAUGCCCGGUCUUCGCAUUACGUCGUGGAAUGUCAAUGGCAUCAGAAACCCGUUUGCCUACCAACCAUGGCGAGAGAACAAGACCUACCAGGCCAUGUUCGACUCUCUCGAGGCCGACAUCGUCAUCAUGCAAGAGACCAAGAUCCAGCCCAAGGACCUCCAGGAUGACAUGGUUCUCGUUCCCGGCUGGGACGUCUACUUCAGUCUGCCCAAGUUCAAAAAGGGCUACUCGGGCGUUGCCAUCUACACUCGCACCUCCAAGUGCUGUCCCAUUCGCGCCGAGGAGGGCAUCACCGGCGUGCUCUGUCCUCCAAACUCUGCCACCAGAUUUCGUGACCUCCCCGCCGACUGCCAGAUCGGUGGCUAUCCCCGCCCCGGCCAGCUGACCCGAGACGUCGACGAGGCCACCCUGGACUCUGAGGGUCGGUGCAUGAUCCUGGAGUUCCCGGCCUUUGUCCUCAUCGGCGUCUACAGCCCAGCCGCCCGCGACGAGACGAGAACCGACUUUCGCCUCGGCUUCCAAGAAGCCAUGGAUGUCAGAGUCCGUAACCUCGUCGCCAUGGGCAAGCAUGUGGUUUUGACGGGUGAUCUGAACAUUAUCCGUGGCGAGCUCGACACUGCCGGCCUCGUAGACUGGCUACGCAAGGCAAAUAUGAGCUUGGACGACUUCCUCUCGACGCCGUCUCAGCGCCUCCUCAACCAUCUUGUCUUUGGUGGUGUCGUCAUUGGCAAGCGCGAUCAUGGCCGAGAGACACCAGUCAUGUGCGACCUGGGCCGCGAGUUCCACCCCAUCCGCCAGGGUAUGUAUACAUGCUGGGAGACUCGCAGGAAUGCCCGCCCAAGUAACUUUGGUAGUCGCAUUGACUAUGUGCUGUGUAGCGCCGGUAUCAGGAGCUGGUUCGUCGAUGCCGGCAUCCAGGAGGGCUUGCUCGGCUCCGACCACUGCCCUGUGUACGCAACCCUGAGUGACAUUGUCAAAGCGGGCGAGGAGGAUGUUCAUAUUGCCGAUUUGGUGAAUCCCGAGGGCAUGUUCCGUCAUGGGGAGCGGCUACGAGACUGGUCUACAAAAGAUCUUCUCUCUUUAUCGGCAAGACUCAUCCCUAAUUUUGAUCGCCGCCAGAGCGUCAAGGAUAUGUUCUCCAAGAGGUUUCCUCAACCACCCCACAAAGAAACGCCCCCAGUACUAUCCACUGCGAUCGCUUCAAACACAUCGAUGGACACACAAGCUGCUGCAUCCACAACCUUCCAGUCAGGCUUGCAGAAAAGGCCACGCUCGCCACCUGUGUCCUCCCCACCACAGAAGAAAGCCAAGUCGGCAGCAGGCCGGUCUUUGGCCAAACAGACCACUAGCGGCUCCCAAACGAGCUUGAGAGGUUUUUUUACGCCCAAGCAGUCACUCCGAGCCUCUGAGACCAUCUUCGAUCCCAUACAAUCCAAAGAAUCAUGGUCAAAGAUUCUGGGCAAGAGGGUUGCGCCAAAUUGCGAACACGGCGAGCCCUGUACCAGUCUUGUGACCAAAAAACCAGGUAUCAACUGUGGUCGAUCAUUUUACAUGUGCGCCCGCCCGCUAGGCCCAUCAGGCGAGAAAGAAAAGGACACCGAGUGGAGGUGCGGCACAUUCAUCUGGAGCAGCGACUGGGGAAAAUCGAAAUAAAUCCUCGGCAAGCCCCCAUCAGAGUGUUCCGAGAUACUCUCAGCCAUUCAUCAUAAUCACAUGGGUCACCGAUGGGUGACAGUUUGCAGUCUCAACCUCGCCCCGACUCAUGGCACAGCUGUCAGAGCCUGACUUUCCGUCUAAUCCCUUUUCAAUUCCUUUCGUCACUUCCUUCUACCUUGUGCCUCCAUUCCAAUGCCCAGCCGCUGCCAAAUUUCGAAUCCCGUUUAUACUCCUGACGGGAAGUCUUGCAUAGAACUUCCAGGAUGAUACCAUGGUUCCCCGUUGGUGGAGCCUGCUACCCAAUGCACCUUGCCAGAACAUGGACGCGUUGAUACGAGCAGUCGUAUGCAUCUCGCCAUGUCAGCCAGGGAGCAUCUGGCUAGAAGGCCGGAUCCAGAUUCAUGUCAAACGUGAAAGCCGGAUCAAGCUGGAAGGCUGGACCGAGCUGGAAGGUUGGAUCGUGCUGGAAAGUCGGGUCAAGCUGGAAUUCCGCACCAAGCUGGAAGGCUGCAUCAAGCUGCAAGGUUGGGUCGUGCUGCAAGGUUGGGCCGUGCUGGGUGUUGAGGCCGAGCUGGAAAGUCGGGUCAAGCUGAAAGUCGGCAUCAAGCUGGAAGUCCGCAUCAAGGUGGAAAGCCGCAUCAAGGUGGAAAGCCGGGUCAAGCUGAAAGGUCGUGUCAGGCUCAAUGGUGAGACAAGCAUCCUCUUGGAUCUUGUUCCAGAGGUUGGCGGGCGAUUCGGUGUUCAGGGGGGCGAUCGGGAUCCCCAGGGUGUCGGCACUGGAUCGAAGACCCGAGCUCUUGUCGCCUGCCGCCAGCAACUCUUCGUUCAAGGAACAGCAUGUGUUGCUGCCCACGCUGCCAUCGCCAGCAAGGAGGUCGACUUGAUGAUUGUCAUCAACAAUCAUAUCUUUGUCAUCGACCUUGCGCGGCGCCCAGGUCGAGUUUGCCUUGCUCUUCAGCUCCUUCCCCUUGGAUUUCGUGAUCUUGUUGGCAGCAGGCCUUUUCUUAGUCUGGCCACCCUUCUUGCGGUGCGAAUCUCCAGCUCUUCCACCGCCGGUCGCCAAAGCGGCCUCGGGGUAGUCGGGCUCAUGUCUUACCCCCUCCCUCAUCUUGCGUGCGCGUGUCUCUCAGUGAGCGCGAACCUCAGGUAACUCGUACUUCCACAUUGUGGAGACUGCCUAGGCUAUGAGAAGAAUAUUAGCUAGUACAUCCAUGAUUUUCGUCUGAGGCAACCGUCAAAGAUUACAGUUGCCUGAUGUGGUAUUGCAAGGGUGCGAGGAAUCAUGGUGAUAGGGAGGGUGAGAUUGAACUGAGGGGAUAGCUAGUUGCGCAGAGUUUGGACAGCUUCCCCUU